AUGAACCGCGAGGGACCGGAGAGAGGGACAGGUGGGAGAGGGGGGAAUUGGCAGCAGCUGUCCCCGCCCAAGGCGCGCUCUUCCUGGGGUAAAAUGAACCGCGAGGGACCGGAGAGAGGGACAGGUGGGAGAGGGGGGAAUUGGCAGCAGCUGUCCCCGCCAAAGGCGCGCUCUUCCUGGUCAAAGGCAAAAGAAGACAGAGAGGGCACCUUUAUCCUGGCUGCACGUGGGAGUGGUCACGCAGCUGGCCCAAGAGGUGCAAUCAGUGUGAGCCACAGGAAGUCAGAGGGAGGAGAGCCACAUGAGGCAGCAGCAGCUGCGUUUCACAGAGGAGAUCUCGAUCUUCGAGAGAGCAGGUCAGGAGAGGAUGGAGGGCGAGGAGGCUCCAAGCCACAGGCCCAGACUGGGCCCAGAACUGAGCUGGACGUACUCUACAAGCUGUCCCACAGACGGAGGAGGAGGAGCAGGAGGAGGGGAAAAAGACGCCGACGCCGUACUAGGGGAACAGGAGGAGGAGGAGGAGGAGGAGGAGGAGGAGGAGAGAGGAGGAAGAGGGGCUCCUUCAGACAGACCCAGAGAACCAAAAGUGGCAGAUUGAGACGAUGUCGGCCCGGCGCCUCGCCAAUUCUCUGCCCCGCACCGGACGCAGACUUCACCCCCGUGGCCUCAGACAACACCAAAGCUCUCCUGAGGGAGGUCGGCAAUCACAGAGACUUUGGCCAAUUCCUUCAUGCCGACUUUCACUGGACCGCACCCUGCACCAGCCUCGCCAAUCCCCACUGCGUCCGGUAUACGUUUGAUGUCGACGGCGUCAUGAUCCAGUUGCGUCACACGAGGGGCAUGGUUGCAGAGAUCUAUUUGAACCUGUCCCGUGUGGUUGCCACGCUGCAGCCCAGAAGGCGUGGCGGCACUUAGAAAUUGCCUGGGCCACAAAAUAUCAAACGUUGAAGGCGGCUACGUCCUGACGCUCUACGCCGUCCCCAGCAGCCUGACAGAGCCGGACUUCAGCCUGAAAAAUCCAAGCUUGUAUGGCACACUUGCGGCCGAACUGCUAAAUGAGGUAACUGAGAGUUUUUCCGACCCUUCAACCACCUGCCAGAGAAGGACAUGACCCGCCCCACUGUCCAGAAGCAACCCACCACCAACCCUGCGUCCCACCGAGAGUAUGGACGUGGGCCAGGCCAUUGCGAGCGUGCUGUCGAAGACGGGCAGGACAACCUUCCUACAGAUGUACGCCCAUCCAUUGCAACCAUCCUUUCAAACAUCAGGGCAGUGCAGUGCUGGUCACUUGCGGCUUGAGCCACCCAGACUCCAAGGCUUCCCUUACCAGCAGGGCGCUCUCUUACCUGGUGCAUGUCCGGGACUUGACGCUUUGCCCCUAUGACUUUGACCCGACAGAGGUUUUUUUUUUUUUUUUUUUUUUUUUUUUAAAGUGGACCUGUCUGCUCUGCAAAAGCUCUUCCAGGACCAUGUGCUGCCGGUGCCCCUCUGGAGCUGGACGUACUCUACAAGCUGUCCCACAGACAGGGUAAGGGUGUUAUCUAAUGGAUCAAUGGGCAUAGGUGUAUUUCUGCAUCUUUAGAACUAAUUCAUAGCUUAAAUGUGGGUCUGACAUUCCUCUGGAUUUUUAGGCUAACUGGAGCUCAGACGACAGUUUCAAACGUCUCGUUCUACUCUCUGCUCUGUGUUUUCUCCCUGAUGUGUUUCACCUGUUGUUAGGAGGAGGAGGAGGAGCAGGAGGAGAGGGUUAGGGGUUAGGGUCAGGGGGGUUAGGGUCAGG